GGGUCCCGGCGUGUCAAUUUAUCACCUGUCAAAUAGCGUUACCUGUCAAGAAACUAACUGAACUUUUCUUAAAUCUUUAAAGUAACUUCUUGUUCAAACUAGUGUUUAUAUGGUAGUUUUUGGUACGUCUUAUCGUAAAAGGUUUCACUCCGAUAUUUUUAGAAGUGAUUACGAUUUUUCUGUAGUAAAAUGUUUUUACAACCCUCUUGUCUGUGUAAACACCCCUCAGUUGAGCAGUAAUCAUUAGAGCUGGUGGAUUAGUGCUAUCCAGCCCAGGGGCGUAGCCCGUCAUGCUAUUAUAACGUCAGAAACCCCGAUUGGCCUAGAUGUGCUUCUCACUUGUCACUCACAUUAUAACAACCACUCACGUGUCUGGGAAGUAAUCGAUCGGUGGGCGGGGCUUAACUCGCUACAAUUGUACACAUGAGCAUAACUAACCCCACACGGCUACGUUUAUAUAUCGAGUGGAGUUCCUCGUUUCACCAUUCUGCCUGUAACUCUCAAAGCACACGUACGUUAUAACAAGCCAAAGGAAUUCUCUCCUGUUUAUUGAUUUUGUCGUGGAUACAUUAUGAAGGCCGUUACACAAGCUUGCAUGAGACCAGCGGUUGAGCUUGGAAUCCGUCAGGACUCCAGAAUCUUCAAACCGAAGAUGGACGAAACAUCAGCUGAGAUGACAGAGUGUUUCACCAAACUGAAGGACUUGGUGCCGUCGCUACCCCAGAACAAGAAAGUGUCAAAAACACAGCUUCUUCAGCACGUGAUUGAUUACAUUUUGGACUUAGAACUUGCUCUGGAAGUGCCGACUGUACUGGGGAGCCUGACACCCACGAGCUGCCGUUCACCUCUUAGUGAGAAGGCACAACCCAACACAGUUCUAAACGAGAUUUGUCCGAUGAGCGAUGUGUCGAAAUAGACGAUCCUUCCACAGACCAGUCCACAUGUGGAAAUUCUCGACAGGCUGUGACGUAGAAAUCGGAUACCAAUUAUCCAGGGGAUGCUGUCCAUCCGAUGUGACGUCACACACGGGAUGAACCCCAAAGGGCGACAGUAACGCCGUCAACUGCCGAAGCAUCCGUUACUAGGCAACGGCGAAAGCGCGUGCAAUGGCGAUCGGACUGUAGCAGACUACACAAGGACUACAGACGCCCUGGUUCAUCAGACAGUUAUGAUUUGGAUGUUCAGUUUCAAUGGACAUCCAUCAUGAUUUUAAUUUGGUGUAAUUUUUGAGUUGGAACAUUGUGUUGUAUUUUUUUACACGGAAUUUCAUGAAGUUGGAAUACUAUGGAGCCGGAAUAACGUGGUUCUAUCUUGCACAGAGUAAACAGAACUGUAUUCUAAUUACCAAUCUCUUGAAUAUACAUCAGAACUAUGGAAGUGUUGUACACAUGGAAAAGGAGAACUUUUGCCGAUGUUUUCAUUAAAUAUGGAAGAAAAAGAGGAAGUUUUAGCGGAGACAAUCGUGAAUGGACACUCGUUGUCCUGUGACUUUGUCCAGACACUAGGAUCACUGUACUUUUGUACAGGGUGUAUAUAGAUCUAUGUACAUGUGAUGUAUGUAAACUUUGCGAACGUAACCCACCGAUUAGUAGUUACAAAAGCACAAACUUUACCACCGAACAAAUACAAGGAUGCAUACCAGUGGAUAUUUUUUUCUUCAGUUAUGUUUUGUUUUAUAAUUUGUUGUUGUCGAGUUCAAAUUUUAAAAAGAAAAUUCAUAUUAAAUUGUUUAUACGUUUCUAUAUA